AUGAAUCUGUAUAGCAGCGUAGUCCAUAAUGAAACUAUCACUUUGAGUCUCUUCGACGCCGAAGCUGUAGCUUUCCACCACAUGCUUGACAAUAUGCGUAUUGAUCCAAAAGUCAUUGUUGCUACCGCCAUCAAUUCCAAAAUGGUCGGAGGCCGUCUAUUCCUCAAUGCAACCUCUAGAACACAUAUAUAUUUCGACAAGGAUACCAGUCCAGGGGAGGCAUUCUUCUAUCGUUUUGUGGCUAGAGACACUGGACUCCCACCUGCUGCACCCUUGCUGAAAGGAUAUGCUAAAGUUGAGACACUAACUAUCGCUGAGCUCAAUACCUUCAUCAUCACGGUACCAUCACAGGCUAUUGACUUCAUAUGCACUGGAGAAGUGAGACGAGUUGAAAGUUAA